AAGUCGUUUGUACUUUGCCGGAAGUACAGAACCGAAACACUUAUAUAUAAUAAACACACACAAGCGAAUGAAGUAGAAGAAGAAGAAGAAAUCAUCAAUGGCGAAUGAAGUAGUAGAGGGAUUGAACUUCGAGCAGAGGCAUGGAAAAGAGAGGGUGAGGGUUGCACGUGUGUGGAAGAGCAAGGAAGGUCGACACUUCGUUGUGGAAUGGCGUGUCAGCAUAAGCCUUCUCUCUGAUUGUGUCAAUUCUUAUGUUCGUGAUGACAAUUCUGACAUUGUUGCCACUGAUACUAUGAAGAACACUGUAUAUGCAAAAGCAAAGGAGUGCUCGGAAAUACUUUCUGUGGAGGACUUUGCUAUUGAACUUGCUAAGCACUUUACAUCAUUUUACAAGCAGGUUACUACUGCUAUUGUAAAUAUUGUGGAAAAACCAUGGGAGCGUGUUAAUGUGGAUGGUCAACCUCAUGAACAUGGUUUCAAACUUGGAUCUGAGAAGCAUACAGCUGAGGCAAUAGUAAAAAAAUCUGGUGCACUAAAGUUGACUUCUGGUAUUGAAGGAUUGUCUUUGUUAAAGACAACCAUGUCUGGCUUUGAGGGUUUUAUAAGAGACAAGUACACAGCACUUCCUGAAACACGCGAAAGGAUGCUGGCAACAGAAGUAACUGCACUAUGGAGGUAUUCAUAUGAAUCACUAUCUAGCAUCCCUCAGAAGCCGCUUUACUUUACAGACAAGUACCUGGGUGUAAAAAGAGUUAUGGUUGACACUUUCUUUGGCCCUCCGAAGGAGGGAGUCUAUAGCCCAUCUGUUCAAAACACACUCUACCUUAUGGCAAAGGCAACACUAAACAGAUUUCCUGACAUAGCUUCUAUCCAACUAAAGAUGCCAAAUAUUCAUUUCUUACCGGUCAAUAUCUCAAGCAAGGAUAGUCAAAUUGUAAAGUUUGAUGAUGAUGUGUAUUUACCAACGGAUGAGCCACACGGGUCAAUUGAAGCUAGCUUGAGCCGCAUUUGGUCAAAGAUGUAGAAACUACUGACACAUCUCAGCUCAUCCCUUCUUUCAAUUGAAGGUGCAGCUUACACUAUGGUGCUUAUCAUGAUUUAAGAUCUUGUACCUAGUAAACCUGGGCAGAGAGAUACUGCUUUCAAUAAACAUGUCAUAUAAUGUUAAGUCUCUUUUGUUUUCUUUUCUUUUUCUUACAUGAGAAAUAAUAUAAAAGGAUAACCUGAUGAAGGAUAUUCUACAGGUUGUUCCAAUGUAUAUUAAAACUGUUGUUGGGUCAUGCUUAGUUUGGAUGUCUGAAAUUUCAAUAAAUUCCUAGUGUUCUUAUGGAGCAUGAUAUCAGAA